AUGCAUAACUUCAAUUCUCUGUUCCUUUACGUCGCACUGGCCCUGUCCUAUUGUGGAACGAUCACGGCAGCAGCAGGAUCACCAGGGGCAGAUCGCCUAUUCGAUUUCACCUUGACAGCUGAUAUGAAAGGAUCAGAUGCUGAUAAUCCUUCAUCAGCUCUAUCGAAGUUGAUCAAGUAUGUUGUAAAAGGCGAGAAGAACAAAAGGGGAGAUUACUUGUCGAUCGAAUCUAAGGGUAAAGAUGUUGAACUCGGAAUCGAAAUCAAAGAUUCAUCCAUCUUUUGUCCUGGUGAUAAAGAGGACAAUUGUCAACAUGGUUUCAGACGAACUGAUGUCCUUCCAGCCAUUGAUUCUAACAAGACCCUUGUUGGAACGACUGUCUUUCACCAGAGUUUCCGCAUGAACCCAAAACUCCCUCUAAAUCUCACACAUGGUUAUUUGCUAUCCAGUAUUGAGGUUCCGAGUGGUGAUCAUGUCUUUGAUAUCUUUGCUGGGUCCGACUUCAGCUCUAAUUUGACUCAAAAGAGUAUGAAUGAUCCCAAAACGAUCAGGAUUAGAGAUUUGACUACCAAGGUGCUCCAUUCUAUUCCCAUCAAAGAUGAUGCACUUUACAACACUGCGAUUGCCGUAGAUUGGGAUGCAAAUCAAUUGACCGUUUAUGCAUCGGAAGGCGAUGAAGAAUUGAAGAAAGUCGCCGGACCCAUGAUGAAUUCUCCCAAAGUCGUUGAUGCUGCCAAUAAGUUAACUGGAGAAUGGCAUGUUCAACUAAUCAAAUUUCCCCUUCCUAACCCUGCUGAUCCUUAUGACCAAAGAAGCGAUGUGCCCCACAAAGGUAUUCAGGAGGCAAAUCUGCAUGAGGGAAUCUUCUUCUCAAGGAUGUAUGUUGAGGACGGUGCAAACGGUCAAAUCAACACUUCUGUUAUUGGAAAGGCCGGAGUUGCCAAGUCAAACAACAAAGGUGGAAUUGGAAAGAAAACGCUUUCGAGGGCCAGAUAUUGA